CCGGACUUUUCUAGUGGAGGUCCGUGGGUGUCCUGCCUUCCCCUUUCAUUCUCCGUAGUACCCACUCAGUUCAGUCAGUCUCACACGGGAGUGGGAACGGGACGCGCGGUGUGUGUUUUUUGCGCGUCGGAUCCAAACCAGGAGGAUCUGGAUAAGGCGCACCGGCUCGGCGCAUGCAUCCGCUCAUUUUCUUCACAGCCUUCGACUCCUGCGCGUCUCGUAUCGGAUGCUGGGUGCAGUCAACAUUACACCCCCUCUCUCGGACCAACCAUGGACAGUCUAGGCAGCCGCUGUAAGAUUGUAGUGGUCGGGGACACGCAAUGUGGGAAAACUGCGCUUCUGCACGUUUUUGCCAAGGACUGUUAUCCAGAGAACUAUGUGCCCACGGUGUUCGAGAACUACACAGCCAGUUUUGAGAUAGACAAACAUCGGAUUGAGCUGAAUAUGUGGGACACGUCAGGUUCUUCUUACUACGAUAACGUGAGGCCGCUGGCGUAUCCUGAUUCAGAUGCAGUUCUCAUCUGUUUCGACAUCAGCCGCCCGGAGACAUUGGACAGUGUCAUAAAGAAGUGGCAGGGAGAGACGCAGGAGUUCUGUCCCAAUGCCAAAGUGGUGCUGGUGGGCUGUAAACUGGACAUGAGGACAGAUGUCAACACAUUGAGGGAACUUUCCAAGCAGCGCCUCAUCCCCGUCACCCACGAGCAGGGCAGCACAAUAGCUCGACAGAUGGGGGCGGUGGCCUACGUCGAGUGUACCUCCAAGGUUUCCGAGAACAGCGUCCGGGACGUAUUCCACAUCACCACGCUGGCGUCGGUGCGGCGGCCGCACAAGCCCCAGCUAAAACGCAGCAGUUCCCGCAGGGGCCUGAAGCGAGUGUCCCAGCUCCCCUUACCCCCACUGCCAGGUCGGACUGAACAAAUGGACCAGGCCCCAGCCAUGAGGAAGGACCGGGCCAAGAGCUGUGUGCUCAUGUAGAGACCCGUUACGAUGAAUAUACAGUGCAUAUGUAUAUAUAAACACAGAAGUAUAUAACAGAGGAAGUCUAUUUAUUGUUUAAUGUUGUUUUUUUUCCUCAUAUUUUAAUUUUUUUGCACUGCAGAGGAGUAAGAAAAAACAAUGCGCUGAUGUGGAAACAAAUGCUUUGGAUUUUUUUUUUUCUCUUUUUUGAGUGUUUGCAUAUCUUCUAAGCUGUUUACAUAUUUGUGCUGUUUUGAGAUGAUGGCAAAUUGGACUAACCCUCUGGACACAAGGAAACCAUGAUAGUGAAAGUGCCGUCUAGUCUUGAGCAUUUGGAAGGAAUUAAUUUCCUGAAACAGCCCUAAUAAGAGGAUGACACAGCGCCGAAGAAAGAAAACAGCGAAAAAAAAAACAAAGUGCUUAUGAGAAGAACCAUGUUGAAUCAGGAUGUCUGGGGAUGAAGCCUGUUGUUUUCAAAGACAGUGUUGCUUGGCGGACGUGAGGAUAAUUGACACACUGCACAGCCUGAAGUCACCUCCUUUUGCUUCCUGAGUAGAGAAACUGUAUGUGCAGCGGUGUUUAAAAGGGAUUCUGGUGAAGCCGAAGAAUGAUAGCUCAAACCAAACAGGAGCUGGAAAUGAGAUUUAGCAACAGUGACUGAAAUAUUGUGAAGGUGCGUGCGAGCAUCACAACCACAAGUGCAUUUCGGAAAAAGAAAUCACAGCAUAUUCUGUUUUAUUUUUGUUGAUUUAACACCAUUUUUCAAAUGUUUGAUCCACUUGAAGUUAAUUCUGUUGUCUCUGUUUAAAGAUGUUUCUUUGUGAAAUAUAAAGUGGUAAGAUGUUAGCACUAUUUUGUUGUACUUUCACUAAAAGCCUAAAAUAAAAGUAACAGCUUGACUGUAUAGGGAAUGAA